CCAAUUCAACCUACUAAUUUACAGGUAAAAACCAAUUUCGGAAAAUUUAUGGAAUAUACGAGUAUGGCAGAUAGGGUGGCGAAACAGAUGAAAUUAUUUGAAAAUGACGAAACUAACAAAGGCUACAAACCGGAUAAAAGAUGA